AUGGUCGCCGUCAAAUCAUUCGAAUUAAGAACCAAGUCCAAGGAGCAAUUGGAAAACCAACUCGUUGAGUUGAAAAAAGAGUUGGCCAACUUGAAAGUCCAAAAAUUGCAAAGACCAAGCUUGCCAAGAAUUCACAUUGUUCGUAAAAACAUUGCUAGAGUGUUAACUGUUAUUAACAUCAACCAAAGAGAAAACGUCAAGGCUUUCUACGCUGGUAAGAAAUACCAACCAAAGGACUUGAGAGCUAAGAAGACCAGAGCUUUGAGAAGAAAAUUGACCAAAUUCGAAAGAUCUCAGGAAACUGACAAGGCUAGAAAGCAAAGAAUCACUUUCCCACAAAGAAAAUUCGCCAUCAAAGCUUAA